CAAAAACUUCGAAAGGGUGACCGAGCUGAGCAAGGUCAGACUCACCUGUCCAACUACACCUGGUUGCCAGGGCAACCGGUGCCGCCCACCCUAUUGUACGUCGUCUGCUUUGCGUGCAAGCACAGGAAGGAUUUCUGUACAGCACCGAUUGUUCUCCAGAUCGGACAUUUGUACGACCAUUUCCCAUGAGGGUACUCCAUACCACAUAAGAGCUGUGAGUGAAUGCCGUUGUUAAGGGGGUAGCUGCUUGAAAAGCUGCCCAGCCAUGGAAUUUUCUGAGGUAAGGAAGUCUCCAUGAGGCCCCAGAGGAUUAUGGGAGGUGGUGCGUCUACCCAGACCGGUCCAUCCGGCUCAAAUAACCGGAACCGGAACCAGACCUCGGACCUGACGGAACAGGUGUACCAGCUGAUCAGCCGGUGCCUGUACAGUCUGCCCCUCCCACAGGGCGCAGGAUCACAAGCAGUAAAUGAUGCACUGGUUGAGAGAGUCACUAAAUACUUCACCAAAGUAGAGUUUGAGGAUGCUGAGAUUUUGAAAAGGGGAGAGCCAGCCAAGGGGAUCUUUGUGGUGAUCGAAGGUCUGGUGGAGGUUGUGUCAGACGAGGACAAACAUAUUGUCCUGGCGAGCGUCUCAGAGGGAGAUUUCUUUGGCGAGGUCUCGACGCUGUUCAACGUCCCGAGUUCUGCAACUGUCAGGACUCCAGGCAGGACGAUUCUAGUAGCCCUUAAAGCUGAAGAUGCCAGGAAACUGCUGCCACCCACCCAGACCAACCUGCUGGACUGGUACAUCCAGCGCAAAUACUUCGACACCAACGCUGCAGUCGACAAGAUCAAACUGUCCAGGAAAAAGGCACUGGCAGCACUGAAACAGGUCCCCAUGUUGCAAGGUUGGAGCGAGGACUCCCUGAAAUCACUGAUCAUGAGCUUAGAAACAGACAUUAUUAUCCUGUAUCCCUCUCGAGCUGCUAUUCUCUUCAAAGACGAUCCCUCGGAAGAAGUUUUCAUUCUUGUCAAGGGCAAGGUGGAUGUUCUGGAUGGGAAAGCCCGACUGGCGACUCUGCAGGCAGGGAAGUCUCCCAUCUGUCUGGGGGAGGAAGGGCUGAUGACCAGUGGCAGUAGGAAGGUGACCGUCCGGGCCCAGACCCCCUGCCAAGUCAUGGUCAUCAAGCGAUGGAACUUCCACCGCACCUCAAACGAGUUUAUCGAUGACGCGGGUCGAGCGUGGGAGGAGACCCAGGACCUGUGGAAGCGGCAGAUAGCGCAGCGGGAUCGGAACCUCUACAACAAGUUUGGGGCCUUUCUACAGAUAGAGAUUCUUAUCAAGAAAUUUCGGCAGUCAUCACUGUUCAGUGACUGCCCUGUCGGACUUAUCUACUUGGUUGCCAUGGCGUCCACCGGGGAGGAACAUGCUACAGGGAAGGCCAUCCUUACUGAGGACGAGUUCGAAGCUAAGAUGCUGUUCUUGAUCUUAAGAGGCUCGGCCCACAUGAUCAGCGACGACGGAACAGUGGACUCCUUCCAGAAAGGAGACGCCUUCUGGAGUCUGCCGUGGUAUCCUCGGAAGGCCUGGGUCCGCGCGAAGGAACAGACCAUCAUCGUCAAGUACUCCGAGUCUUCCGUUCGGGCGGCUCUCGGGGAAUAUCCUGACGCGAAGCUGAACAUUCCGCAGAGGUCUGCCCACGAGGGGACGGCGAACAACGGCAGAGCGUCAAACAACGGGAGUCGGAGAGCGUCACGGCCGCAGAGCCGACCACAACAGAGCAGACCACGCAGCAGACCACACAGGGGAUCCGAGGCUGGGACCUCCUAGUGGACGACUCACUUGCCAUGCAGAUUACAUUAUCUAGUUUUUAACCCUUAAACUGCCAGAGUUUCAGCCCUAUAAAAUACUAUCAGUGCCAGUGUUGGCCGCUGACUUCCAAACAGAAACCCCCGAAGUCCCUAACUUCCGGGGUUCGUGUGCUACACGCGCGCAAAGCUGCUACUCCGGGGGAAUACGCUAUCCCGGAUAUAACCGGGCGCAACACACAGGGCAUGUGUAUGUGUGCCGGAUAUAUCCGGUUUGGCAGUUUAAGUGUUAAUACUAUUUCAGGGAAUGUCCACACAUUGUCAGCAGCACGGGAAGGACCUGGCAUAU